AGCAACAGCCAAUGGGCGGCGGCCACGGCAGGAGCAGGAACGCGCUGUGCCGAGCGUGACCAGUAAAGCGACUAAUCAGGCUGGUCAGAAGCAGCUGUCCGAGAGAGCUAGGGGUCAACCGAUUGGCCGGAGGCAGCUGCUCAACACACUGACCACAAGCGAGAGGGGAGUUACCCGACUGGCCGGAGGCAGCUGCCCGACACACUGACCACCCGCGAGAGAGGGACUGGCUGGAGGUGCGCCCGUGAGGUAGGGACUAACCGCCGGUGCUCGCCGACUGAGACAGGGCCCAAGCUCCAGUUCGCCACCGCCUCCCUUUCUUCACCGACCAGCGCAACCGGAUCACCUAGGUGCCAACUAAGCAGCUCAGGAGCAGCGAGAUGGGGCUGCUUCGUGUGCUCGGUAUUUUUGGGUCUUUGCUGGUUACUGUUCAUGCUCUCUACUCAGCAAGUGAUGAUGUUGUAGAACUAACCCAAAGUAACUUCAACAGAGAAGUAAUCGAAAGUGAUGAACUUUGGUUGGUGGAGUUUUAUGCACCAUGGUGUGGACAUUGUCAGAAUUUGGCCCCAGAGUGGAAGAAAGCUGCAUCAGCCUUGAAGGGAAUAGUGAAGGUUGGGGCCGUGGAUGCAGACAAGCAUCAGUCUCUUGGUGGACAGUAUGGCAUUCAGGGAUUCCCAACUAUCAAGCUAUUUGGAGUAAAUAAGAAUAAACCAGAUGAUUAUAAUGGUGCCAGAUCAGCUCAAGGGAUCACAGAUGCAGCCAUUAAUUCUUUAAGGUCAAUUGUCCGAGAUAGACUCGGAGGCAAGAGCAGCUCAAGUUCUUCUGGGAGAAAGAGCAGUGACAGUGGAUCUGGUAAAAAAGAUGUGAUCGAAUUGACUGAUGACACCUUUGACAAAAAUGUAAUUGGCAGCAGUGACAUUUGGAUGGUGGAGUUCUAUGCACCAUGGUGUGGGCACUGCAAGAGGUUGGAACCUGAGUGGGCUGAGGCAGCUUCCGAGGUGACAAGUCAGACUGGUGGCAAGGUGAAAUUGGCAGCAGUGGAUGCCACAGCUAAUCAACUACUAGCCAGCCGGUAUGGGAUCCGUGGGUAUCCAACCAUUAAAGUAUUCCACAGAGAUGAAGAUGGUCCAUAUGACUAUGAUGGUGGAAGAUCAAAAAGUGAUAUUGUUGCUCGUGCUCUCGAAUUGUUUGCUGAAAAUGCACCAGCUCCAGAACUGCAUGAGAUUACUGACGAAGAGAUCCUAAAGAAGACAUGUGAUGACCAUCAACUGUGUAUUGUUGCUGUAUUGCCACAUAUUCUGGAUACAGGGGCUUCUGGGCGAAAUGAAUAUUUGGCAGUACUAAAGACUAUGGCCAACAAGUACAAAAAGAAAUUCUGGGGUUGGCUAUGGACUGAGGCAGGUGCUCAGGCAGAACUUGAAGAUUCUUUGGGUAUUGGUGGAUUUGGCUACCCAGCAAUGGCUACAAUUAAUGCCAGGAAGAUGAAAUAUGCUCUGCUGAAAGGCUCGUUUAGUGAUCAGGGCAUCAAUGAAUUUCUUAGGGAGCUAUCAGUUGGAAGAGGCUCGACAUCUCCUGUGAAAGGUGCUGCAUUCCCAAAAAUUAAUGUAGUACAACCAUGGGAUGGCAAGGAUGGUCAGAUGCCAGCAGAGGAUGACAUUGAUCUAAGCGAUGUGGAUCUUGAGGAUUAUGACAAAGAUGAGCUGUGAGCUGAUUGUCCUCCCUCUUAUUGGCAGACAGUAACCGUUGGAAGUACUGAACUUGUCAUCUGUCUGCAUUUGAGGCCUUGUGUCAUUGUUCUAGCUCACUGUAUUUCUACUGUGAUCUGUAAAUAUGUUUCACUGGGUUUUUUCUAUUUAAAGAAAAAGCAAAUUGAAUGUUGCAGUUAUGUUUUAAAUUUUCCACCUAUUUUAAGUAAAUUGAUCUAACAGACCAAACAGCCAUUUGUUAUACCUGUUUGACUCUUAAUUAUUUGAAUGGAUUCUUAUUUCUUUUGAGGGGAUGAGGUGCAGAUCUGCAAAAUGCAUUUAGACACUUCUACUUGUAUUUGAGCAAUCCUUAUUCCAAAGAAUGUAACCUGUUCUGCAUAGGACAAGUGAAAUCAUGGUGAUUACACUACUAAAUGGGAUUGAUCAUUUGGAACUUUGGAUAGUGGAAAGACACCCCCCCCCCCCCGCCCCCCCCAAGCCGAACAUGCAUUUCAAUAAAUUUGGAGGAUUCACAUAGUUGAGUCAAGAUUUUCUGGGGUGGCUACAGAGAUCAAAGACUUGACUAUGUUGAAGCUGUACACUGGAGACUCAUCGUACUUUUAACCACAGCACAAUGACAUGAUUGAUUCCUGUGACAAACAAGCUUAAUUCAGUUUCACUAAGAUGAAGAUAGUUGCAAAUGUCAGUUUAUUCUGGGUACUGUACAGAAUCUACUUUGCAAUAUUCAGUUUUGCAAUUGAUGUCUGAGUAUCAUUAUUACUUAAUACCAUGAAACAUUUUCAAUUCUGAAAGGUUUUCUUUGUAUGUUUUUUGGUCUUUUCAUUUUGUGAAUGAAGACUUCAUGAUAA